AUGACAGAGAGGCCGUCGACAACAGCAGAGUCCACGGUCGACAGAGAACCGUUGCCCUCAAUCUGCGUCACUCAAGAGCCCAUUUCUCAGGUCUCAAAGUCCGUGAACAUGCAGCCUCUACGGUUGUCUGUAUCGGAUGCUUGGAAGAGCCAUGUAUCUUCGAUCCCACCGUUGCCAUCAUAUGGCGAGGAUUCUAUUCGAGUGGAGGAGCGUUUUACGGCCACAACAAAAGCGAACUCACCAUUCUUUUGCAAUGAAACUAUGUCGCAAACGAUCCCUGGCUUUAGUGGUAUGGCAAGCAAGGACGGUAGGAAGAUUCAAACUUUUUUAUCCAGUCUGAAAAAACGUACCACUUUGCAUCCGGGAAGUAUCAGAAAGGUGGCAAAAUGCUUCCCUCUCCAAGCGAAAAAGCUCCGAUUUCAAAAGCGCGCCUACUCUUUUUGUAAGGGAAAAGGCGAAGUUUUUUUACUUGGAGAGGGAAGCAUUUUGCCACAUUUUUGAUGCUUCCCGAGUGCAAAAUGGUACGUUUUUUUGCCAAUGGAUCAGGUCCCUCGGAAAACUUCGUAUGUGCUUUGUUGUAUCCAUAUCAUCAUAAAAUUUAAGAUUCCCGGAUUUCGGCCAACUCUGCUUUGCCACAGCUCUCCGAGAAACCAACGCAAUCCCACUUUUUGAUUCACACCACGUUGGCUCGUCCGGCAAAAUUGGCUAAUGUCGACGUCCUGCCAUUCCCCUCAACAACAUCUACCGCGCAAAAGAGCCAUUCAAAAGUGACAUUUGCCGACCCGAUUGCACAGCCAACAAGCAGUCAAUCUUCUCAGAAAUCGGAACCGCCACCAGCGUCAUCUGAUCAGCCAACAGGCACUACAGAGAACGAAGCUUUCGACGAAAUGGAAUCACUCAUCAAGAAGCUCAUGGAAGCACAGGAAAGAGGAAAUCUUUCGGCGCCAUUACAAGAUGUUCUGCAAGGAAUUAUUGAUGGUCUGACUGAACAUUCAGCAGCAGAAGUGAGUCGUGAUCAACCACCAUUGAUGAUCGCUGAAGACACUUCAAGCAGAGGUGGUAACGGCGAAUCCAGUGGACGAAAGAAGCCUAGACUUCAGAGUCAAAAACCUCCUGUUCUGCUGCCAAAAUCUCCUGAAAGAACUUGUCCAAAUCAGGUGGCACCUUCUAACACUCCAGCAACUGCAACAACUAGUUGCUCUAAUCCUGCAAACACUCCAAAUUCUCUUUUGCAAAAUCCAUUGGUCAUGGCUUAUAUGCAGAACAUGACUAAUGUCUCAAUAGUGCAUCAUUAUCCUGUACCGGUGACAAAUGCGACUUUGAUGGACAAAGACCAGCAUGUAAGUGUUAAUAAACCUUUUCAAAUGACUACAAUUGCAUUUUAAAUAACUUUAUUUACAGAUAUCCCAAUCCUCCUUCAACAACCUCACAUCAUUCGAUGCCCAACGCGAGAUCCAGCAACGUCUCCAAUGCCUACCUCAACUCGGUCCGAACCUCAUCGCCGAACCUCAAGUCUCUCAACAUCUCGCUCUACCUCUUCAAACGGGCCUGCGGAUGCCUCAAAAACGUCCAUGGUUGGAGGACUCAUGUAUUCCGGAAGAAGUCUCCGAAGAAAGUUGGUUGCGGACUUUGGAGAGCACGAUUAUCAACCUGUCUGCUGAUCCAAAUGCAAAUCAGGAGUUGUUGUACGAAGUGAAGGUUAGCUAUCUUCAAGGGCUGAAGCUGAGAGAAGAGAGAAUGGAAAGAAAAAGGCAGUUGGAUGCAGCGAGAUUGAGAGCAUUGCAUGAGUUGCAGUUUAUGCAGUUUCAGCAGCAACAAGCGGAUGGAUAUAAGAAGGCAAAGAAAAAUGCUGCGAAGAAAGGGGGAAUAACCGGAAGUACCGUUUAUGGAUCUCUAAAUAACUGUGUGUUUCUACAGUGA